AUGAAAUCUAUAAUAAGGAAGUGGAAUUGUGAUGUCUUCGGUUGGAUCGAUCUUCAGGUGUGUGAAAAAGUGGAUAAUCUGAAUGCUCUUGAUAGGAUGAUUGAUGAUCAACAUGGAGAGGACAUCUCGUCUUUGGUAGAAGAUAGGUAUAAAGUAACUGAGGAAUUUCGGAAAACUCUGAAGUUGAAGGAAUGCAUGCUUAGACUAAAAUCAAGGCAGCUAUGGCUAAAUGAAAGAGAUAAAAAUACCCGAUUCUUUCAUAAAUCUUUGAAGACUAGGAGGCGGAGGAAUGCAAUCUCUGCUAUUAUGGGGCGGAAUGGCUUAGUAGAAUGGGUGGAUGGAGUGAAAGAAGAAGUGAAACAUCAUUUUGAGGAGUUCUUUAGAGAAAACAGCAGGAGUAGACCUGAAUCGAUUGAUUUAAAUUUUAAGAGAUUAAGUGAGGAGGAUAGUAGGUGGUUUGAUAGGCCUUUUACGGAAGCUGAAGUCAAAGAUGCAGUAUGGGAUUGUGAUGGGAAUAAAAGUUUGGGGCCUGACGGUUUUUCCUUUGCUUUCUUCAAGAAUUGCUAG